GACAGUUCGUCGUCAAGUUGCUCGAGCAGCUCCUUCAGCAGCAGCGGCUCGAGUAGCAGCGACGACGAGGAUGGCUUGUAUGUAGAGCAUGAGUUCGACUGUCUUUUCGCACCCCCGCUUAAGAGGCCGAAAAUUGAGGCCUACCUGGACACUGUUCACGAGUAUUCGGAUGAAGAGUUUCGCAGGAACUUCAGACUCAUGCGGCCGAUCGCGUACAAGCUGAUUGACAACUUUGGAGCCUCGCCUAUGUUCCCACCUGCGACCCACGGAGGAUUGCCAGCGAAGACGCCCGAAGAGCAUGUGCUGUCGUUCCUCUGGUACGCAGCCAACAGAUCCUGCAUUCGGGAUGCCGCUGGCCGCUUCAACGUCGCAGAGAGCUCCCUACAUCGAAUGAGGAGGCGGGUAGUGAACUUCAUCCUGAGCAUUGGUCCGCAAAUAGUGAAGUUCCCCAGUGACCUUCAACAAAUGGCAGAAGACUUCCAGAAGGUCUCUGGAGUUCCAGGCACCGUAGGAUGCAUCGACGGUUCCUAUAUCGCCACUCGCGCCCCUGCUAAGAAGAUCCGGUCCACCUACGUCAACCGGCGCCACUUGCCAUCUUUUACACUGCAGGCGGUUUGCGACCAUCGUAAGAGAUUUGUAGACGUGUCCACCGGCCACCCUAGCAAAGUACACGAUGGGAGGGUGUUCCGCACGUCGAGCAUCGCUGCAAAGCUCCCUCAGAUAUGCAGCAUCGACAAGUGCCACAUACUUGGCGACGCUGCAUAUCCCAUCAGGGAGUAUUUGCUGACGCCAUACAGAAACUACAGGAAGCAAACCAGGAAGGAACGCAUUUUCAAUGCAAAGUUUUCAGGAACACGAGUUCUGAUUGAAAAUGCGUUCGCUGACUUGAAGAAUCGCUUUAGGCGUUUGAAACAGCUAGAGUUCUGGGGUGUUGACUUUUUAACGAAGAUUAUUUUUGCAUGUUGUGUUCUCGACAAUCUUUGUAUUGAUGGUGGCGACGACACUAUGGGGGAGGACGAAGACGACAGCGCACCACCAGUCCGCAGAGUGCCAGACGAAGAUGAUGAUUUUCCCAAUGAAGCUGGCUUGCGAAAGCGUAGCGAGCAGAAGCGAAGGGCGGUGCUUGCGCAGAUGGGCAUCCAGUAA